AUGAGACGAGACGAAACAAAUGAAGUCAGAGCAGCAAUUGAAUACAAGCCAGCAGGCAGAAGACCUAGAGGCAGACCGAAGAAACGAUGGAUGGAUGGAGUGCAACAAGAUCUAGAGAGGUUAGAAGUAACAAAUUGGGAGGAGAGGAUACAGGAUCGUGAUUAUUGGAGAACAGUGACAGUGGCAGCCAAAACUCUUACAGAAUUCGUGGACCGUUUAUUCACAACCGUUUGUUUUUGUUUUUCAGCUGAGAAGAUUGUUCGUCGCUGGGCACCGCUCAUAUGGCUGGCACCGGACGAACAGUUUCUGCCAGGUUCCGUGUCCGAUUUCUUGAACCACGUGACGCCGAGACCACGUUCGCUGGCGGACGUGCAACAGCAUAUCAAAGUGCCUAUGGGGCCGGAUUCACAGACGUGGUUCCUGGUCACCAAGUCUGAAGUCGGACAAUUGUUGGAGAACGGCACUUCUGUGCUGUACGGACAAAACCCGAACACGACCCGGGUGCCGGUGUACGCGCACGUGACGGAAUGCGGUCGGAAAAAGUUCCACGUAUCGUAUUGGCUGUUCUUCCCGUUCAGCCAGGGCAAACCGAUAUGCACGCUGGACAUGGGAGUGCUGGGCCCGCUGCCCUUGCCCGUCAUCAAUAACCGGUGUUUCGGCACCCUCAAAGAGUUUGGCAGUCACGUGGGCGACUGGGAACACAUGAGCCUCAUGUUCAACGGCCAUGACGAGCCGGAAGAGAUGUACGUGUCGGUGCACGACGCGGGUGCGUUUUACCGGUUCGACAGGAACCGCCGGAAGUUCGUGUUCGACCGGCAAGAGGUGCGCAAAGGGUUCUUGCAGAAACCCAAGUUUCCGGAGGUGGUACAUCUGACGGACGAGGGCAAUCAUCCGGUACUGUUCGCGGCCAAAGGUUCCCAUGGACUGUGGACGGCUCCAGGUAAGCACAAGUACGUGCGGAUACCGCGGCUGUACGACGACAGCGGUUACGGGUCGCCGUGGAGGACGUGGCUGAAGGUGGAGGUACUGAAGGCGUCCGGGAAACAGCCGCCGUGGAUGCAGUACUACGGCAAAUGGGGUAACCCGCACAGCAAGUGUCACCCGUUGUCGAAGAUGGGCCUGCAGAUCUGCCAGUUCACGGACGGGCCGACGGGCAUACCGAUGAAGCCGCACGAUUUCCAAUGCCGAAACGCGACCGGCUGACCGGUGUCACAGGACGCAUUCGUCGUACGAUAUUCUCGGGAGAGAAAUCCGUCGUCCGGAUGGGCGCGAUGAAUAUCAACCAUGACCUGACUUUCGACGGCAGUACGUGUUCUAGGUCAUGCGUUGUGCGGUUCGAUUGUUCUUCUUUCUCUCUCUCUCUCUCUCUCUCUUUCUCUAUCAAUAACUACAAUAAAAAAAAACGUGAUGGGUCUCAAUAGUUUUUAAGGACCUGAAAAUCGAUGGCGUCAGUGACGUGCGCAGGAAUUCGGUAUGAUGGGGGAAGGGGAAGGAUGUCAUGAAUUGGAACGACAAAAAUGUAUUAUCCCUGAUAUCACCGCGGAACAUAUUUCUGAUAUGAAACGUGGUUCUCGAAAGAUAUGAUUAAACUACACAUUACGUUGAUGAACGCCCUAAGUUCAAAGUUAAAUAAAAAAGGCCCAUGGGAGUGGCAUAUCUUCCAUCAUCCCCCCUGCGGACGCCACUGGAUGUCGUAUUAUGUAAGUUAAUGCAUGUAUAAUUUACAUUGUAUAUACAGGCAGAUCCGAGUGAAAGUAGCCGCUGCUAAUUUUAUCGGAUUUCCUGCGGUUGCAAUUUGUUAUUAUUUUUCACACGUGCACGUGGCACUCGUAUACGAUCUUCGUGCAUCGUGUGUCAUUAUUAUUGUGUAAAUAAAAACGUUGAAUGUUACGAUGGA